UUACAGGUAGAACAAGUGAAGUUACUGGAUAGGUUCAGCACGAGCAAUAAGUCACUGACAGGAACUCUCUACCUUACAGCAACUCAUCUGUUAUUCAUCGAUUCAAGCCAGAGAGAGACCUGGAUACUACAUCAUCACAUUGCUGCAGUGGAAAAACUUCCCUUGACUACUUCUGGCUGCCCCCUUGUCAUCCAGUGCAAGAACUUCAGGAUAGUUCACUUUGUUGUUCCCAGAGAGAGAGAUUGUCAUGACAUUUAUAACUCUUUGCUUCAGCUGUCAAGAGCAGCAAAAUACGAAGAGCUGUAUGCAUUCUCCUAUAAUCCAAAACAAAAUGAAUCUGAGCAAGUCAAAGGUUGGCAGCUUAUUGAUCUAGCAGAAGAAUAUAAGAGAAUGGGAGUGCCAAAUGAUUACUGGCAGUUGUCUGAUGCAAAUCGUGAUUAUAAGAUUUGUGAAACCUAUCCUAGGGAACUUUAUGUUCCCAGAACUGCAAGCAAACCCAUAAUUGUUGGUAGCUCCAAGUUCAGAAGCAAAGGAAGAUUCCCAGUGUUGUCAUAUUAUCAUAAAAAAAAAGAGGCUGCAAUUUGCAGAUGCAGUCAACCUCUCUCAGGUUUCAGUGCCAGGUGCCUGGAGGAUGAGCACAUGUUGCAAGCCAUCAGUAAAGCAAACCCUUCAAAUCGCUACAUGUAUGUCAUGGACACCAGGCCAAAGCUUAAUGCAAUGGCAAACAGAGCUGCUGGGAAGGGCUAUGAGAAUGAAGACAACUACUCUAACAUUAGAUUCCAGUUUGUUGGCAUUGAAAAUAUUCAUGUAAUGAGGUCCAGCUUACAAAAACUUCUGGAAGUCAGUGGCACAAAGGGUUUGUCUGUCAAUGACUUUCUGUCUGGUUUGGAGAACUCUGGAUGGCUGCGUCAUAUCAAAGCUGUCUUGGAUGCUGCUGUCUUCCUAGUCAAGGCAAUAGCAGUUGAGAGCGCAAGCGUAUUGGUGCACUGCUCAGAUGGCUGGGAUAGGACUUCUCAAGUGUGUUCUCUUGGAGCUCUCUUACUAGAUUCCUAUUACAGAACAAUCAAAGGAUUCAUGGUCUUGAUAGAGAAAGACUGGAUCUCUUUUGGGCACAAGUUCUCUGACAGGUGUUGUCAGUUGGAUGGUGAUCCAAAAGAAAUCUCGCCAGUGUUCACCCAGUUUUUAGAAAGUGUGUGGAAUCUGACUGAGCAGUUUCCACAAGCCUUUGAGUACAAUGAAGCUUUCCUGCUUCAGAUCCAUGAACACGUCCAUUCGUGCCAGUUUGGUAAUUUCCUUGGAAACUGCCAAAAAGAGCGAGAAGAACUAAAACUAAGAGAGAAGACAUAUUCCUUGUGGCCAUUCCUUCUGGAUGAACAAAAGAAAUAUCAGAAUCCUCUGUAUAAUCCAGACUUCUCUCCAGAACUAACUCUUUUGGAACCUAAUACGGUAUCAUUUAAUUUUAAGUUUUGGAGAAAUAUGUACCAUCAGUUUGAUCGAAGUAUGCAUCCCAGGCAGUCUGUGUUCAAUCUUAUAAUGAACAUGAGUGAACAAAAUAAACAACUGGAGGAAGACAUUAAAGAACUGGAAGCUAAAAUAAAGCAGAGAAAUGGGCAGCCAGAUGCAGUCUUUGUGAAGGAACAUCAGCAGUCUGUUCAUCCUGCCCCCGUGGCACUGAAGACCCCUCCAUGCUUCAGGAAGGAGCAGCCUCUGAUCCCUGUGAACGAUGCUGCAAGAACUAUAGAGGGCAGCAACACAGCAGACAAUCGCUACACUGAACUGGUGGAAGAGUACUCAAAAGCUGAGCCUGCUGUUGUCAGCUUGGAGUACGGGGUGGCCAGGAUGACCUGCUAAUUAAAAUCCAGCACUGGGUUCCUCUUCUAGACUGGUUGAACUAAGAGAUGGAUUAUUUUGAGGAUGGAUCUGUGCUGCAUGACCAAAACACGAUUUGUAUAUCAGCAAGUUUUGUUAGAGUAGACUAGAACAGCAUGCUGAUUGUCACGUGUUAGCUGUUCUCUUAAGGAAAGUGUAGCUGUGUUUUAAAA